AGAAGUAGGCCUCAAACGAUUAUUGAUCACUAAUACUACAUCCACAUAUUUUAUUUCUCAUCACUCUCUUAUAAUAUAUCUGUAUAUAAAGCUAUAAUUACAAAGAGGAUUUGAUCUUCAUCUCAGCUUUAAUUACCACCCUUUCCAAAAAUACAAUAAUGGCCGAUGGUGUUUUGUCCAGCAUUGCUGCAAAUCUUAUUCAAAUGCUGGUUUCUCAAGCAUUUAAAGAGAUUCGAUUGCUUUAUGGUGUGAAGGACGAGUUUCAGAAACUUGUUGGGACGAUUGGAGUAAUCAAAGGCGUACUUCUUGAUGCAGAAGAGAAGAUGGAUGUUGAUCAUCAAGUCAAAGCUUGGCUCCAACAGCUUGGAGAUGUUUUCAUUGUUGCUGAUGACUUGGUGGACAAGUUUCAUACCGAACUUCUACAGGGUGAACUCAUGUCUGAGCAUAGGUUUACUGAAUCAGUACGUAUUUUCUUCUCCAGCUCUAAUCAGCUAGUUUUUCGUUUUAAGAUGGGCCAUAAGAUUAAACGUAUAAGAAAACAACUACAAGAUCUAAGAGAAAAUAAGACUUUUCAAUCAUUAAAUGUUCGUCCAAUAGAAACAGUAGUUGCUAGUGGAAGUAGUACGAGGGAGACCUACUCAUAUGUGAGGGAAGAGGAAGUUAUCGGGAGAGAGGAUGAAAAGAGAGAGAUUAUUCGAAUGUUGGUGGAAAUGGAGUUUGGGGAGGAUGUGUCAUUCAUUCCAAUGGUAGGGAUUGGAGGGUUAGGGAAAACCACACUAGCUCAAUGUGUUUUUAAUGAUAAUAGAGUCGAAAAACAUUUUGAACAAAAAAUGUGGGUGUGUGUUUCUGAUGAUUUUGAUGUGAGAUUACUUGUGGGGAAAAUUGUAAAUUCUAAUGCUUCUAACAGUCUAGAAAAUUUACAAAAUGAACUUAGAAGUAAGCUAAGUGAAACGAAAUACCUGCUAGUGUUGGAUGAUGUUUGGAAUGAGAAUGGUACAGAAUGGAAUAAGUUAGAGACGUUGUUGAAGUGUGGGGCAAAGGGUAGUAGAGUCUUAGUAACCACUCGUAGUGAAAUGGUCGCUAAGAUAACUAAGAGUAAUAAAGUCAACCCAAUUAAAGUUGAGGGUUUGAGCAAACAUAUGUCCUGGUCCUUAUUCAAAAGAAUGACAUUUAAGAAUGGUAAAGAGCCGGAGGAGGGCUCAAAAGAAAUGAAGCUAGGGAUGGAGGUUGUCGAAAAAUGUAAGGGAGUUCCUUUAGCCAUAAAAACAAUAGGAAGAUUAUUGCAGGAAAGGUUACCGGAGGAUGGAGAUAAACAAACGGAGUACUUGUCAAGGUUUUUGAAUCGUGAGUUUGCAAUAAUAGAUCAAAAUAAAAAUGAUAUCAUGCCCACCCUCAAGCUAAGUUAUGAUCAUCUCCCUUCACAUUUGAAGCAUUGUUUUGCUUAGUGUAGAUUGUUCCCAAAAGAUCAUGAAAUUGAUGUGAGGGAGUUGAUACAACUAUGGAUGGCACAAGGAUUUAUAACAUACUCUGAUGACAAAAGCCAAUGUCUAGAAGAUAUUGGUUACGAGUAUUUUAAAAUUCUACAUUGGAGAUCAUUUUUCCAAGAGCCAAAAGUAGGUGAAUUUGGUGAUAUAAUGACAUGUAAAAUGCAUGACCUUAUGCAUGAUCUUGCAAUUAAGGUGGCGGGAUCAAAUAGUGUCAUAAUCGAUCAAAAUCCUAAAAUUUCUAGUGAAAAAUGUCUCCACGUGUCAUUAGUAAAUUUUGGUUUUGAUACUAAAAGUGUCCAAAAAAGACUUCGAACUUUACUUUUACAUAAUGGUAAAGGGAUGAGUUUCUCGAAACUUAAGGACUUUUUGUCCAAGUAUAAGCGUCUACGAGCUUUGAGUAUACCUUCUUUGGAAAUUAAGGAGUUGCCAAGGAAUCUAUGUGAAUUGGAACAUUUGAGAUAUCUAAAUCUUUCAGAGAAUUCUAAGUUAAAAGAGCUUCCUAGCUCUUUUAAAAGAUUAAAGAAUUUACAAACUCUGAAUCUUAAGAAUUGUGAUAGGCUUGUUAGAUUACCUCGGAAAAUGAAGAAAUUAGUCAACUUAAGGCAUCUUAUGAUUGAAGGAUGUGAUGGAUUGAGAGAGAUGCCCUCUGAAUUUGGGUAUAUGAGUUCCCUUCACACAUUAGAUAGAUUUGUUGCAUCUGAGUCCAGUGGGUUGCAUGAAUUGAGCAACCUUAUUAACAACUUACAAGGAAGCUUAACAAUUGAAGGACUCAGUGACACAGACACAACAAACUAUUCUGCAUCAAAAACAACUUCAGAGCGAGUCAUUUGUCAAGGCAACCAUCGUCUUCAAUUUUUAGAGUUACAACGGAUUGCAGUGGAAAAUGACAAAAUGUCACUUGAAGGUUUGCAGCCACCUUCCAGCCUAAAAGAGUUGAACGUAUGGGAUUUCAAGGGUGUGACACUUGGAGGUUGGGCUUUUAAAUGGAAUAACCUUGUUAAAUUGAAUUUAUUAAGGUGUAUGAAGUGCCAAUAUCUCCCAAAAUUAGAUCAAUUACGUUUUCUUAAGGAACUUAUGAUAUCAGGAGUAGAAGCAGAGUACAUGUGCUCAUCUGCCGAAGAUGAUUAUGAUAAAAGCUUUUUCUUUAAUUCCCUAGUGAGACUUAGAAUUGAAGAAUGUCCAAAUCUGAAGUGGUGGUGGUGGAAUAAGAAAGUGGAUUGGAAAAAUAUUAGAUCAUUUCCUCGUCUUUCCAAUCUAUCAAUAUACCACUGCCCUCACCUCACUUCAAUGCCCCUGUUUCCAUCUAUUGAAAAAGUUAAACUGCGUGGAAGUAGUUCAAUGGUAUUAGAAAAUAUAAAGCUCAAUAACAGUUCAUCACUCAGGUCUAUCAAGAUCAAUAACAGUCAAGAUUUGACAUCACUACUGGUGGAAGGGAUUCAUAAGCUUCCUUCCCUUGAGUCCAUCGAUAUAAGAAGCUGCCCCAAUUUGACAGUAGUGGAAGGGAAGGAUAACCUUCCUCCCCUUAAGUCUAUUUAUGUAUAUAACUCCCCAAAUUUGACAUCAAUUCCCGACAACUUUAGAAAAGUGAAGAAUUUCUAUAUUAAGGAUUGUCCAAAGCUUGAACAGAGAUGAUGUAAUUGAAGUUUCUCUAAACAGGUCAAUUUGUAUAAUUCAUCCUUGUGAACCAAUGGGGGCCUGAUUGGAACUCUGUGUUGGGAGAUUCGGCAAAGAAGGAACAAAUUUGUCUUGCUGUACAAGAGGCAGAAAGGGAUGCAGCAUCUUAUGGAAACUUAACAGGCGGUUUUAAACAGGAACAACAAGAUCAAAGAAGAGAGUUCAAACUCUGGGAUGGUUCCUAUGACAGGGCAGGGAAUGGGGCCAGCAUUAAUUCUUCUUGUCUAGACUGAUUUUUCAUAGUGGCAUGUCUCUUGAAAUGAUCUCAUCAUCUUCUCUUUUCUUAUUAUUUAUUGUAUAUGGGAUUUCUCAUACAUGUUUGUUUGUGGUUUUAACUCUAGGAAGACUUUUGCAUUGAAGUUAUUGGCAAAGAGUAUAGAGUAAAUUAUUGUUGGAGUAUACAGAGAAUAAUGAUGCAGAAUUGGGCAUCCUUGGCUGUCAAAUAUCUAUUAAUAAAUUCAACAAGAGAGAUGGAAACAAAACCUCAAAGAGCAAGUGUUCUGACAAAGUUUUGAUUGUACACAAGAGAAAUGGUGGAGAGAUGAAUUGCAGAAAGAUGAUCAGACCCAAAAAGAUGGAGACAUAUGUGGAGUUAUCUGUGGAAAAGAACUAAUACUUUCAAAGUCUCAUUCUUUCAUUUCAACACAUUCAAGAUUCAGUUGAUGAGAAGAUUGGCGUUGUCAAGAAUUUCAGGGAAUGGUUGGAGUCAAUAUGUUUUUGUAUUCAGGAAAUGGAUCAUCAUGCAAAUUUGAAUCCAUGGUGGGCAAACUGAAGGCGAUGGAUUUGUGCACACAAUCGAGCUACAUACCUUGAUCAUUCUUUUCUGUUUGAAAGAGUUAAACUCGAAUGUAGCUCAAAGGCAUUAGAAGAUAGGUUGAAAAUGAUGAGGUGAAGGAACAUUCAGAGGGUGUUAAAUAACAAAUAAUUGUUGAUGAAUUAUUCAUGCCAAAAUUAUUUUACAAAGAACCUCUAAAACUGUAUCUAUACUUGUGUUGAUAACUUGAAAUGUAAAGAGUUUAGAAAUAUUUAUAGAUGAAGGAAGGAGAAGACGCUUGCCGAGUUGGAGAUGCAGUCAACUGCAUUAACCAACUCUUUUGCUGAGUUA